ACACUUUGACCUUAGCGGGACACUUACGACUUCCUCCGGGUUCACACAGUCUCACCGAGGCAGGAGAUGGAUCGAUGAAAGUUGUGUUUUUAUAUUUUGAUGACUGCAAGGGAGAAAGAGUAACUGAAGGGUAGCUCUAACUGCGUUUAGAGGCGUAGUCUUCUCUAUUUUCUCGCGAGUCUUCAGUUGGGUUUCUGUGUUUAACAUGUCUGCGGAGGAGGCGGACAAAACAGCCACCACUGAUGCUAGCGCAGGUGACGAGGAGGAGGAAUGGCUGUAUGGAGGUAAAAUAUCUUCCGUUUUAUAUACAUGUUCUCACUUGAAUGAACAGGCAUGUUUCAUUUAGUGUGUGUAGAGUUUGGAAACUAAAACCUACAGCUCCGUCUGCCACAGUGAUGAUGUUUGAGUUAGCAUUGAAGCUAAGCUAGCAUUUUGUGUUUGUCGGCCUUUUGCAGCCGAGAUGAUCAGAAAUAACAAUCAGAAUCGAGGAGUGAUGAGUUGUUGGAGUUGAAAUAACAACUUUGUGUUUUAAUUGAACAGAUGAGUCUGAGAGCAAGGAAGAGGACGAGGAAUCCAAACUCAACGCUGCGAUCAGGUAUGUGAGUGAAGAGAUCUCCCAAAACUCCAGAGACAGCCCUUAUGGUUCAUAUGAGAGAAACUCAUAAACACGAUCGUUUAGAUUCACACUGACAGUUAAACACGACCUGACAUCUAAAAUCACACAGAUUUAUUGAGCUCAACACUCCUUUAAAGUUUAAACAUACUGGGCAGAGGUAAUACAAAUGUAAAGGUCACAUGUGAUUGGCUAAAAAUGACAGGAACUAUUUGGUAUUUUUUCUUCAGUCGAGGUGCUGUGACUUGAUUUUUGAUGAAAAAGUUAAGGAUCCAAGGUCUUUCACCACCUACGUUUGGUCACAGGCUGAAGAUCUAACCUAAUAUAACAAUCAUUUAAGCUUCCCAAGCUUUCAUCUUCAUAACAUUAAAACUUGGAUGUAUUUCAGUAUGAUAAGUACAGAAAUCACCUGCUAAAUUUCUCAUUGAUAUAACCACUUUUUGUUUGACAGUUCAUAGAGGUAUAACUGUGUUUACUGUUAAUGUUUCUUUAUCUGCAGUGCUCCCACUGAUGCUUCAACAGAGGAUACCAAUGACCAUGCUACAGGGAAUGGUGUGGCCUCUGAGGUAGGUAGACUACAUGCAUGUCUGCUCAUGUCUGUAUUGUUUUUCUUCACACUAAACUCUUCCUUCCCCUGUCCCUUUGGCUUAUCACUGGUGUUUUUCCUAUGUGUGUGUCAGGCCACAGGUGAGGCUGCAGGGGAGGAUGUCGACAGUGACAGCGACAGUGAUGAUGACGAUGAUGAUGUUCGUGUCACCAUCGGAGACAUAAAAACUGGAGCGCCUCAAUACACGUAUGCUUUUCAAAAAAUUUCAUUAAAUACUGGACUGUUGAUUUUUUUUUUUUUACUUGUGUGUGAGAGCUCAUGAUUUUCUUGUUUUUUAUUUCCCAGAACAUAUGGUGCUCCACCCGUCAACUUAAACAUAAAGACAGCAGGUUCAAGACCUUAUGGACAAGGUGAACAAAUAAAAUCAGCCUGGGCAAACGUCAUUUUACUCAGACUGUCAUAAGGAUGCAUUUAAAAAUAUUCAUGCCUUUUUCACGUGUUUAUUUUCAAUAGCUACCAAGCUAAAGGGAGUGGAUCUGGAUGCCCCUGGGAACAUCAAUGGGGUUCCAGUACUGGAGGUGGACAUGGAGUCCUUUGAGGAGAAACCCUGGAGAAAACCAGGUCUGUUUAUGUACAGAGAACCAAGUGUCAAAAUGUACAUUUUUAAUUUGUUUUUAGCAUGUACGUUGAUUACCAACUAUUUCAUGUGUUUUGAUUUUUAGGAGCGGAUCUGUCAGAUUACUUUAACUACGGCUUUAAUGAAGACACAUGGAAGGCUUACUGUGAAAAACAGAAGAGGUUGCGCAUGGGACUGGAGGUUUCUACUGUUGGCUCAGUGACGAGCAAGAUUACAGUAAGAAGUCACUGUGCUCACUUUUGGGACUGCUUGUAUUUGAGUGCUGAUAUCGGAAAUUUAGAUGCAGGCCAGGAUAAUCCGAUAUAUAUAUAUUUUUUUUGCUGACAUCAGACCAAUAUCCGAUAUCAAUAUCGUAUCGGUACAGCCUUACCUCUACAUGUCUAUUUUUCCACACUUCUAUAGUUACAUUUUUGAUUUGAUUCUGUCCUUAAUAUGAUUAUACAGAGCCAAAAUGUCUGAACUUGAAAUGAAGACUAUUACUUUGAUAUUCAGCACAUAGAUGCAUUCACUAACUUAUUUUAACCCGGUCUUAGGUUCAGCAGGGCAGGACAGGCAAUGAGAAGGACAUGUCCAUUUUGCCUGUUCACACCUCCAAGCCUGACUUCACGUCUCCUGUCAGCCUGUACAAGUCUGCUGUCAGCCAGGUCACCAGGUAAACAAAUCAACUCUUGUUUUCACCUCAGGUUCUGUCAGUUGAGGCCAUUUGAACAGAGAUAUAACUGACUGAUAUGUUUGUUUCCAUCAAAAUCUUUUGAUGUGCAAUUUUUUGACACCGUAGUUGCUAGCCACUCCUCAAAAAUUCUUCAUGUUCGUAAGAAUUAGAAGUCAAAGUGAUGUAAGUGAGCAUUUCUCCUGCUAAAUGAUACGUAGACCUAAUAUAAGAAGCUCCAAUCUUUUACUUCAGUGUGCCAAACAUUUAAUGGUUAAUGGCUCUGAAUGGACAACACAUUGCUUUUUUUUUCUUAAGCAAAUUUUGUGCUAAAUUAACCUGAAUUUUGUAGUAAUUUGAAAAGAAAUGUCAUUUUUAGCCAAGACAGGGUCAAUAAAGAGGCUAAAAACAAGAAUAAAGGGGGAAAUGGAUCCAACUGUAGAUAAGAACUGGCCCUGUUAUGGUGUUUUCUGUGUCUGCUAGUUUAAUUUGAUAUCGUCUGAUACAUUUUCUUGAUUUUAACUUUUUCUUAUUUGAAUGUCAAACAUGUAUCUGAAUGACACAGACACACAGCCAGUGUCCCCAUCACUAUCCCAUGGGCUUUUUGUGUUUGUGUGUAUGAGGGCCAAUGUUACUCUCAUCUCCUUUACCCCUUUCCUUUGUUUCAAAAUGGUAGGAUCUCUCCCCCUCAGUGGACUGGCCCGCCUGUUCAGGACAUGUCCUACUAUACGUAAGUGGGCAUGGCCUCGUCCCUACAAAAUGAAAUUGGCAAGAUGGGAAAUGUGUUAAUGUCAUAACAGGGGGCCUGGUGUUUUUCUCGAGCGGAGAAAAACUCCCUGUGCUAUUUCUAAUGUGACUCUAAAGAUAUUCUGUUUACGCCCAUGUGUCUUUCUUUUGGGGUGGCUGAUGUGCAUGUGGUAUAAUCUUCAAAGAAGCCAAGUUCACUGCUCAAGCUCGGCGCUUUUUGGUGGCUCAGUUAUAAGUGUAGUAGGGGUGUCCCGAUACAAUACCGAUAUAUUGUAGCCUCAAUAAUGACCAAUACGAUAUUGAUCCGGUAUUUGCGCAUAAUUGUAUAUGACAAGUUUUUCACUCAGAGUAACGUCUUUUUCUGACUUAAAGAAAAAAUACUUCCACACAACCGACAUCACUCAAACUUCUUGCUACUUUGUUAGUACCUUAGUGCACACUGUUGUUGAGAUUUUGUGGGCUCAGCUUGCUGGAUCAGAGCACUGCUAAAUAGAGGUGCCGGAGCGGAGUCUGGAAUGGACUGCCUGUACCGGAGUGCUGAUAUCAGAGAUUUUAGAUUCAGGCCGAUACAAUCCGAUAUUUGUUUUUUUUGCCGAUAUCGGACUGAUAUCCAAUAUCAAUAUCGUAUCGGGACACUCCUUAACUAUAGCUCAACAUUUUAAGAUAAUCCUCUGUCAUUAGAUAGAGCCUGUAUUCAUAGCUGUAUCACACAUCUGGAUUUCCCAACUUCUAACAUUUGCAGGAUUUUUUUUCUGUUGGUAUUGGAGCUCUUCAAAGGCUCUGUCCUCAAUGAAACCUUUUGAGAGUUUGUACUGAAAAUUUAGCCCCAACCAUUCCUCAAGAUCGGUGAGAGCACAAGAGCUGGAAUGGUUUUUACUGGAUGUAAUGAGGGGUGGUUGUCAAACUUAUAAAAGUUAGAAGCAGAAAAAGACAGUGAUAGAUUUUCUUUGCACUUGUAGAAACAAUAACUGGAGCUGUUGCAGUCCUUGUAUAUUUAGGAGUAGAAAUCUGAGACCGCACAGCUGGACUUGAAAAGUGUUUUUCAUUUGAGUUGAACAUGAACCGUGUGCAAGUGUAAGGGUUAGGGUGAGUAUGUGUGUUGGGCAGUUAGAGGAGAUUGAGUUAAAGCGUUACAGGACUUAGUCUGAGGUUGUUUGUCAGCUGUCACUUUGACAUAUUUUGCCCACCACAGAGCUCUAACAACGUAGUGAUAUCACUGUACUAUGACACUUCCUCAAUUUUUAUGUUGGCCACAAUUAUAUAAAAAGACAAGUCUAAGGGAUAUGCAUCAAUAAUUUUUACUUGUGUUUUUUUUUUUAAAGUUGAAAAAUACUCGAUCACUUAAACCCUCAGGAUUGAGAUCUGUCAGUUGGGGUUCAUCGUGUGUCUGUAAAACUGUGUGACUCAUUUUGAUGUGACUUUGAAAAGUAGUUAUUUAUGUUGCUGUUGUUUUGUGUUUUCUUUAUAGCUUUUGACUUGUGUGGAUUAGAUGGUGUGUGUGUGUGUGUGUGUGUGUGUGUGUGUGUGUGUGUGUGUGUGUGUGUGUGUGUGUGUGUGUGUGUGUGAUUUGUCUUGUGUUUAACAAACUCCUCAGAGCCUUUGUUUUGUUUUUUUUCCGUCUCUCAGGAAGACCAGCGGUACUAUAGAUGUGAUUGGUGGACAGACAGCCACCAUCAGCAGGGUUGAAGGCCGACGCAGACACAACCAAGAAGGCAACAACAUCCAGGUAACCGUGAGCAACGUAGACUGUCUCUCUCUGAGUCUACAACCCCUCUGAGGUUGUUUGUCGUUGUCAUGACAUCCUCUCCUGUUUAUUGAUCUUCAGGUGAUUGCUGAACAAUCAGACUCCGAGCCGACUCCAGCGAAGAUACCCACCUUUUUCCCACCUGGACCACUUCCUCCAAACAUACCUCCACCUCCGUUUCUCCCCCCACCACCCAAUGUCAGCACUGCACCGCCCCUCAUCCCCCCGCCAAGUAAGUUCAUCAUCACCAUCAUCAUUGAAGAUUUUUUUCUUUCUCUGCUGACAAGAUUGAUAUAUUUAUCUACUUUUAACUCUUUCUCCUGCAAAGGGUUGCCAAUUACUGUCCCACCCCCUGGUUUCCCUCCUCCACCCAGUGGCCCUCCUCCUGCCAUGAUCCCCACCAUGGACAGGUAACACACGUGGACAUAUGCAUAUUGAGACUGAAUGUUGUCUAGAAACUUCAGAUCGUCUCCACGCAUCAGAAUCCUUAAGUAGAUGCUGCUUCGUGUUAACGGUUAAUUAACGUACAAUUAAAGUAAAAUAAGAGAAUCAUCAGGUGAAGCAGAUUUAUGUUCAAGGAAAAAUGAAACAAAGCCAAAACAGGUCAAAUUAGGGCUGGGCAAUAUGGCCUCAAAUCAAUAUCACAAUAUAUUGAGCAGUUCACCUCGAUAAUAAUAAAUGGACGAUAACUACUCCACAAAAGCUGCUCACCCCCUCCCACAUUAACUUCGUCUACUUCAGCCGCUAUGACUUUGAACCGUCCUCCAUCUCCUCACCUGUCUCUCCCUCUUUGUUAUGGACUUGAUGGGGUCGAGUCACGUCUCCAACAUAGGACAGCGUGUUAAAGGGGCAUGAGACCAUAACCUACCUACACACAGCCAAAACCAACUUUUACUUAUUUUUUGACACUGAAUAUACCGAUAUGGGCAAAAUGGUGUCGGUUAUAUUCGUAAAUUUCGGUAUUGGUAAAUUUUGGUUCAUCGCCCAGCCCUAAAACAAUUAGAUAUUUUAUUAGUUAAGAUGUGUCGAUGUCAUAAGCUAGUUUUGCACAUACUCUCUGACAGAUCAUAAUAACUCCUUUGUCCUUUCCACAGUGGCCAUCCUGGUAGCUACGAUGGACGCUCAGUUCCUCCCUACCCGUUCCCCCAAGGUACAAAGCUUUACAUGCAAUCUAAUGUCCAAUUUAAGGAGCACAACAAAUGUCAAUUUUUUAAUCCAUGGAUUAGAGAUCUGUUGUAAUGAAUGGCUGGGAAGCAUGAAGCUGGUUUUGGUAGAUGUGCAUUUCUUGUGAAUUUCCUUGAUUUAUGUCUGGUCGGUUUAUAACCCCAAAAUUCGUUCAUCAGUCUCUAAACCUUGUCUUCACAUUUUCAGGUGCAUACCCUCCACCCAUGACUGGAGGUCCUCCUCCCUGGCCGCCCAUGAUGGACAACUCCAAACCCUGGGACAACUACUAUCGUCGUGACGACAAGAGAGACAAGGACAGAGAGAGACCAAGAGAGAGGACACAUGAGCGUGAGAGAGAGAGAGAGCACAGUCCGUCAGCUGUGGGCUACACUAGGUGAGAGGAAGGAAACAGUUACUCAGACACAGACUAGAUAGAUAGAUUUACACUUUCUGCAGGGUGGUGUGCUCAUGGUUGCAAACAGAAAUUAGCUACAUUAACAUAUAAGAAUGGGCUUGUUUGACAUGCACAUAAUCAUGGCAGAGUAAAGUGUACAUUUUUACCCUCUGUAGCGAUGAGGAGCGGUAUCGUUAUCGGGAAUACCAGGAGCGAGCGUACGGUGAGAGACACCGUGACCGGUCAAGCCGAGAGAAAGAGGAGAGACACAGAGAGAGGCGGCACCGAGAGAAGGAGGAGGGACGCCACAAGUCUUCACGGAGGUACACAGACACAUUGACGGUUUCCUUAAACACUGUAACACCUACACUCUAGGGCUGUGUGAUAAAACGAUAAUGAUACUUUUCAAAAAUUAGUUUUCCUCGAUGUUGAUAUGAAACAUGGUCAGUAUGCUUUUCAAUAGUCGGCAUUCUGCCAUGUUUUGGUAGACUACACGAAUGGCCAAUGAAAAGGGGAGUUACUCCGGUUCUGCGCCGUGCUGAACCAAUCAUGUGCUGAAUUAGAACCAUGCAGCAAACAACUGUGUAGUAACAGGCUGCAGCUACACGCAACCACAGCACUUUAACACGUGAAGCUGACAGCACUGUCGGUGAGAAAAAAGAAAAUGAGAGCUACCCUCGGCAGAAAUGCAGAUGAAGGUUCAACAGAUGACGACAUCGGUGACAAAACUGGCUCAAAAACGUCGGUGGUGUGGAGGUAUUUUGUUUUUUUGAGGUCGGACAUGAAGCAGAGUAAUGUGAACUGCAAAUUAUGUCGAGUACAUGUUAAAUUUCAUUCAAACGUAACAGUGAACAUUCAAGAUUGGCAAGUGAUUUUUAAAAUAUCGUGUUACAUAUCGGUAUCAACUGAUAUGAAAAAAUAUAUAUCGUGAUAAACUUUUUCCCUUAUCGCCCAGCCCUACCACACACUGGUUAAAGUUUCAGUGCUCUGACAAAACAACCAAACACAACAGGUCUGACAUGGAUAUAAAACAUUUUAAUGUUGAAACUGAAUCUUCAUUAAUGAGCUCAGCCUCUGACUUUUAUGAUGUUCAGAGCGAGAUUUGAUCCCAGUGAAGUCCGACUCAGGUCCUAUUUGUGCAGGUCUGUCCUUGGUCUCAGGAAGUUGAAUCACCUGAGAUCCCAGCUAAUGUUACAUCAGAUGGUGUCACGCACACAUCAGCUCCUUCACAGCCUUUAAGUUUGAAAUCCUGAAAGUUCAGGAAUGCUCUUAAAAGCUGUGAACCAGCUGGACUCAAAAGUGUCAUUUUUUUUCCUCACAACCAAAGCUGUCCUUCCAAAAAUUUCAAAUGAUUACAUCACAUCUUUCAAACCUUGAUUUAGUCUGGUCAAUCCAGUACGUCAACAGUAAAUUUAGUCGAAACGUUUUUUCUUUUUUCUCCAACCUUUGUGUCUCAUCCAACACUGUCUCCUUUUAUCUUAUUAUCUCUCAUGGAUCCAACUCUUUGUUUCUUCUUCAUUUCUCUUCACCUUUUCCUUGUGUUGCCCAUCGUCUCUCCUGUCUCUCUCUCUGUACCUUUUUAUUUCCCUUUCCUCAUUGUUUUUUUUUUAAAUUUUGCUUCCUGUCCUUCACUUUCCAUCCGCUCCCUCUUCACCUUUUCCACACGUUCAUCUUUUCUCCUUCUAUUAGUAGCAGUAGCAGACGGAGGCACGACAGUGAGGAGGGAGACAGCCACCGGAGGCACAAACACAAGAAGAGCAAGAGGAGCAAGGAGGGCAAAGAGGCCAGCGAGGAGAUCAGCGCAGACCAGGAGAACCAGGAGGCCAUUGAUUAGUCAUCACCUCCUCCUGUUUCUCCUCCCUCUGUCUGCCUGUCCCACCAAGAUGAAGACGAAGGAGAGAGUGAAAAAUUAACCAACAAAUCCAGGAGGUCGCAAAUACCUCAGUGCAUCCUGUCAUCCCCCUCUUCACCAAUCUCACUCCUCCACCCAGCUUGUUCUUUUCCACCAUCACUGCAGACGGAUGGAUGGAGUAGAGGAGGUGGCAAAGGCAGGAUGAGUUAGUCCUCAGUUUGUCUUUAUCCUCCUUUCUGAGCUAUUUGUUCGGCCUUGUUCAGAGAUUUCACUGUUCAGUCAUCAGAUUUAGAUCUUUUUCUGUCAAGUUAAUUGUUUGUUGUCCUUUUUCCUUUUUGUCCUGUAAGAAGACACAGAGAGCUCUCAGUUUCAGUUCAAUUAAAAAAAAAAACACUUUUGAUAAA